AUGGCAACAUGUCUAUUCCGUGUCCGUCAAUUGCUCAUUAUUAGUGGACUAUGUGUUUCUGUUUAUUUUUUAUUGAGUACACUGAAAGUUGGCUAUCCGACACCAGAUGACGCGUCGUUCUUGAGUCGUGCCGAGCGAUAUAAAGAAGAGGUUUUAGAUGAGAAUCCAAUAAAAGUGAAGUCCCUGCACAGUGAUCGCGAUCGUGACCACCAAUCAUCGUCAGGUGGCUCAAAACCAUCAGAAGAUUUACUGAAAAAUCAAAAAUGCAACAUCCCGAAACUAGAUAUCAACGGGUCGGAAGUCAUUCAUUUCUUCACCAAACACGCUCCACUGGAAUGCCAGAAAUCGGGAAAAAUCGAGGAUAAUUGGGUGUUUAUCAACGAUGAAGGCGUCAUUCGAUUCACUGAAAAACGCGUCAAAGCUAAAUGCAAAAUUCAAUAUUUCGAGCGAAUUGAUGAUAACAAAAAUCGAUAUGAGGAGCCGGUGGAGAUUUUUGACGGCGACAAAAUGAACGGUAGCGACUACGCUACAGUAUCCUGUAUUCAAGGCUUCCAGAAGUGGAAUUCCCUCCUUUGGGAUGUGAAUGACGUGGCAGAGGUGCACGAGAGAGCACGAAAAAUGAGGAGAACCGAGGAGACGAACGCGGAGAAGAAGGCCUAUAAUGUCUACUUUUUGGGAUUCGACUCCUUGUCUCAAAUGUCAUUCCGUCGAAAACUUCCAAAAACUGUGGAUUUUCUGGAAAACACUCUGGGAAGUGUAGUUUUGAAUGGAUAUAACAUUGUUGGAGACGGCACACCACAAGCAUUUAUUCCAAUUUUAACAGCACAAACUGAAACUGAACUUCCUCUGACUAGAAAGAGAUACAAGAAGGCGAACUAUGUCGAUGACGUGUAUCCGUUCAUUUGGAGAAACUUUUCGGAUCAGGGAUAUGUCACAAUGUAUGCAGAGGAUGCGUUUAAUAUUGGAACCUUCACUUAUCGACUGAAAGGAUUCAGGAAACAACCAACUGAUCACUACACACGGACACUUUUCGAGGAAGUCGAGAAAUUGAACGAUAGGAAUUGUAUUGGAAGUAUUCCAUUGCACAGGAUGUGGCUCCAAAACGGUCGUCAAUUCAUGACCAAAUACAACGACGUCCCUCGCUUCUGCCUAAUGCAUCAGAGUCUUCUAUCCCACGACGACAUCAACUUGGUAGACGUAGAAGACGUGGAUCUAUCAGCCCAUUUGAAACAUAUGAAUGAAUUGGGAAUGUUUGAUGAUUCAAUUGUCAUUGUAAUGGCUGAUCAUGGUCAUCGAUUCGCGAAAUUACGAGAGACACAUCAGGGACAAUUGGAAGAACGAAUGCCCUUCUUUUCCAUUUCAUUGCCAAAAGAAUUGAGAGAAACCGAGAAGGGCAAGAGGAUGGAGAAGAAUUUGAGAGAAAACGCGGAGAAACUAACAAGUCCAUUCGAUAUUCACGCAAGCCUUCUGGAUAUUCUGAAUCUCUCCGCAACGUCUUCUGAUGAUUUCCACCGAAUGCAGGAUGCUUCUCAAAAACGAUCCCUGUCCGUUUUUCGACCGAUUCCAACUGAUCGAACGUGUUCUCAAGCUGGUAUUGAACCACAUUGGUGCACUUGUUUAUCAUGGAAAAAUGCUCUGGACACUGAGGAGGAUAGGAAAUUGACCAAAAGAAUCGCCAACGCUGUGGUCCGCGAGAUCAACAAGGAGAUUGCGGUGGAGAAGGAGCUGUGUGCGCCGCUGAAAUUGGCCAAGAUUAUUGACGCUAAAAAACUGCUCCCAGACGAAGGCCUCCUAGCCUAUAAGAAUGUCAAAGAUGCCGAUGGCUUUGUUCCGGACCUCUCAGGCUCAACGAAGGCCGCAUUCGCCCAUUAUCAGCUGAAAAUUCAAACGACGCCUGGCGUGGCGAUUUACGAGAUUACCCUAUUCUACAGUAUCCUUGAGGAUGCGGUAGAAUUGGAUUUCGGAGCGAUGAGCCAUGUGAACAAGUUCGGCGACACCCCACAUUGUAUCAUUGAUAAGAAUUAUUAUUUGGCCACCUUCUGUGUGUGUUAUGAUCGGAUUUGA